AUGGAUGUCAAUAGUGAAAUAAAUGUUGCACACGCCCCCCCACUUCAUCAAGAUUUUAAUGAUAUUGAUUCUAAUAUGCACUCUAAUGGUAGAAGAAUUUUUUCCAGAGUGCAUGGCUUGGUGGAAACUCUCUCUGGGUCUCUCAUCACUGCUUCAUCUACUUGCACUAAGCCAAAUAUGGCCGCAUAUCUAUCAAUUGAGAAGAAAACAAUAAACUCGGCGCAUAAAAUGAUAGAAAGAGUGGUCCAGUUGUGCCUCCAGCCUGCCUUGGAGCUUAAAAACAGCCCUCCGUAUAUUCUGGACAAUCUGCCUGAUAUAUACAACAGGUUAAGAGAAAUUGUAAAUCGCUACAGUGAAAACUACGAGGUAUUGUGCAAACUCGAUUACUUCCGGAUUUUUAUUUCAACGUUGUGCGAUAAAUGUAAAAUGACGGUUAAACUUUUCAAGGAGUCAAAGGAUCGGAUAUUUGAUAAAAAGUCUCAAUGUAGGCAUAGGCUUACUAAAUUAUCCUUAAUUUUUUCCCAUCUCCUUAAAGAUCUUGAUGCUUUGUUCCCGUCUAAUUAUUACUCUCCAGAGUCCUUUCGCAUAACCAAACCUGAUGCUGCAAAAUGGUGGAAUUCUAGCUUUGAGGGCAGGGCGAUCGUUCCAUGGCACAUCUUUAAAACAGCAUUAUUUCUCAGCUUCGGAGUUAGUGACCCUAGCCAAUUAAUGGCUCUUCAGAGUACGAUUGACCUUACUUGCAACGAACAUGUAUCAAUUUUUGAAUUUGAUGUUUUUGUAAGACUUUUUCAACCAUGGAAUAACAUCUUGGAGACAUGGAAAGCGCUUGCUGUCCUCCACCCUGGUUACAUGGCUUUCAUGACCUAUGACGAGGUCAAGGCGGUUUUGUCUCGUUAUAAACAUCAUCCGGGGUCUGGGAGCUAUGUCUUCAGAGCGUCAUGCACGAAGCUUGGUCAAUGGGCAAUUGGAUACAUUACGGAAGAUCUCCAGAUUCUUCAAACUAUAAUUCAAAAUAAAUCUCUGGCUAGAGCACUUUUGGACGGAGAAUACGAGAAUUUCUAUCUUUACCCUAAUGGUAAACAAAGCGACUCUUCUAUUUUAUAUCAAUUAGUGCACAACCUCCCAGAAGUCCAUCUCCAGGUCUCUCAAGAGCAAUAUCAAAUAUAUUGUGAAAUGGGAUCUACGUUUGAACUUUGUAAGAUUUGUGCUGAGAACGAUAAAGAUGUCCGGCUGGAGCCAUGUGGACACUUGCUCUGCAAAAGUUGUUUGAUAAACUGUCAGUAUUUGGUUAAUGGACAAAUGUGUCCUUUCUGUCGUCUCGAGAUAAAGGGUGUUGAGGAUAUAAUUAUCGAUCCAUACAAACCUUCCAGAAUGGCUUAUACUACGUGCAAUUUCAAAGGUGAUACUAUAUUGGAGAAACAAACUAGGGACCCACAUGCUUGCGAAUCUUCGCGUGAUUCUCUGGAACCUAACAUGGAUUCUAUUUUCUCUACUCGUGCAGCGAAUAACACAACUACAAAAUUGUCUGAUUGCACGAAUUCCUUAUCCGAGGAGACCUCCCACAAUUCACCCUGCACUCUUGCCUCAGUAACAGAUACGUCCGGGUCUGGCCGUCAAACGUCUCUUCAAUUGGAUCCUCCCCUAAAGAUGUGCUCUGCCUUCGCAAUGCAUUCUGGUUUUCAGAUCACACAAAACCCAGCUACAAAAAUAAAUAGUGAUGGUGGUACUGACUUGAACUAUGCCCAAUUGGAUUUUACAGAUUCAGAGAGCGAGUCUGAUAAUAUCGAGACUGCUUCUGGUGCGCAGAUUCUCUCGGCUAACGGUACCUAUCCUACGGUAACUCCAAUCGUAUCCAGCCCACAGAUUCAUCGGUCUCCUGCUCAAAAAUCCUCAGUGUCCACGUCUAUAAUCUCAUCACAAAUUCCAAAUACUCCAAAUUGUGAUGUAUCCUUCUUCGGUGACUCCUUUAGGAUAUUACUAUCUUGCUGCUCAGAUCUAGAUAAAGAUUCAGCAAUUAAGCUUCUUAGAAUUACUGGUAACCAGGUCAGUAUGUGCCAAGAGAUUUGGCGUCAUUUCAUGCCUCGAACCAACCAAUUUAGCUGA